GGCGAGAUUGAAACCGUUUUGAAGUACGGAAAGAAAGUGUCUGUCCGAAAGCACAAAACAAGAAGAGGCUCAUAUUUUUGCCGUCCUUCUGCUGUGUGGUGAGAUACAUGGAGACGGAAGUUUAUCGCGAAACGGUCGACUGUACGUAACGAGCGUGAAUCUCCCGUGUGCGUGGUGAACGUAAAAUGGUGCUUUGGCUGCACUUGAAUGUGGCGUGGUUCUGUUCUACUGUGUGACCGUGCAGUUGCAUCAACGCAUCCUCACCUAAGCCCUAGCGGGCGCGCGCGUGUGUGCGUGUGUGUGCAGAAGAGUUGUUGUUGCUGUGCAGUGUGUGCGCCCUAGAUGAUGUUCAAGAUAGCGUGAGCCUUCGUCUGUGUGAUCAUCUGUCUCUGUGUGUGUGAUCGUAGUGAAGUGCUGAAACGAUCGAGUCUUCCGCUCUCCCUCCUCCCCCACACCGGUCCUGCUAUGGUGUUACGAGUGAAGUGUCCAGUGCUCAAUUACAACAGCAGCAAGUGAAGGUGAUUUGCAAACAAGAGUGAUUCGCUUCCGGCCUCUUCCACUAGCCCUUCCCCUACCCGGGGAACCGCUUAAGCACGAGGGCGGGCUCGGUUUGUGUGGCCAGAGACGUCAGCCUCUGACGGCUGUGGCCACAUACAGCAAACGCAUCUUUCCGGUUCGUCUCUGCGCGCGUGUGGGUGUGUGUGUGUCUGAGUGACGUCCAAUCGUGUGCAGCCAGCGUGAUGGGUUACGAUCUGGCCCGCUUUCAGGGUGAUGUCGACGAAGAACUGAUCUGCCCCAUAUGCUCCGGCGUGCUGGAGGAACCGCUGCAGGCCGUUGCCUGCGAGCAUGCAUUUUGUCGCGGCUGCAUCACCGAAUGGCUGUCGCGGCAGCCGACCUGCCCGGUCGAUCGCAACCCCAUCACCAACAACAACCUGCGCGCCGUGCCGAGAAUACUGCGGAAUCUGCUCUCCCGGCUAAACAUCACGUGCGAGAACGCGAUGUACGGCUGCACGCUGGUGCUCAAGCUGGACACGCUGGCCGCCCACAUCGAGGAGUGCGAGCACAAUCCGAAGCGACCGCUGCCGUGCGAGAAGGGCUGCGGGUUCGUCAUACCGAAGGACGAGUACAAGGACCACAACUGCUUCCGGGAGCUGCGGUCGCUCGUGCACAGCCAGCAGCAGAAGAUGGGCGAGCUGAAGAACGAAAUCAACGAUCAAAAUCUGGUGAUAAACGAGCUGAAGCGGGAGCUGAACCUGGUGAAGGACUUUAUGCGAGCGAUGCGCGUCUCCAACCCUGCCAUGCGUGCCAUUGCGGAUCAGAUGGAGCGGGACGAGGUGAUGCGAUGGUGCAACGGGCUGGCAAGGGCCCGCGUGACGCGCUGGGGCGGCAUGAUCUCCACCCCGGACGAUGCACUGCAGCUCAUGAUUAAGCGGGCGCUUUCGGAGUCCGGCUGCCCACCGCACAUACUGGACGAUCUGAUGGAAAACUGCCACGAACGUCGGUGGCCCCGCGGUCUCAGCUCGCUCGAAACACGCCAAAACAAUCGACGGAUAUACGAAAACUACAUCUGCCGGAGAGUGCCGGGCAAACAGGCGGUGCUGGUCCUACAGUGCGACAACACGCACAUGAACGAGGACGUGAUGGUGGAGCCGGGACUGGUGAUGAUAUUUGCUCAUGGCAUCGAAUAGUUAGCGGGCGGGGAGUCGACUAGCACCGCCAGCUAUUGAGGGCGUCUGCAAGAUGCCCCCGGUACACUGGCACCGCUAGGGAGCGGAUGUGUUUUGUGAGAAACUACUGGCAAAUGGAUAGCAUUUCUCCCCGCCCGCCAGCAGCGUAUCCAUCGCCCGUUUGUGUGUAUGUGUUUUGUUUUCAGUAGUGUGUGUGUGUAUGAUGUACGUUUUACUUUGUACCGUUGAUUUGUAACGACUAAUACGAAUGUUUGAUCUCGGAAUGGGUUUUGGUCAGCGAAAUCCGUUCCCAUCCUGCUAGCUGCGUUACUACCAGACGACUCAGUCCAUUCUUGGUGGCGUUUGCGCCUGUCCACCUUCUCAUAAUCGCGCCGACUUCCCGCCACGCAACGUUCACUGAUUGUCUUCGGUCCUUCGGUAGGGAAAUUCGGGGCUCACACGGGCUGUCGGGCAGUACUUACAAUUUUGGUUUAAGGAGCGAAAGGAAUCCAAAGCGAAAGAGAAAGAGGGGGAGAGAGAAAAGAUGUUUGCUUUGAAAACGUCCAACAUUUGAUAAGCCAUCUGGAUGCUUCGAUAACAAGCGCAACACUCGACACCGUUUGUGAUUUAAUUACAGUUUGCUCUAUACGUGCGUCUCGAGUGUGGGAGUGUGUAUUGGAGAGAUAUAACAUAAGCCAAAAGUAUUUACGCUAAAAAUGCUACAAUUCACAACCCUGUAUCUAGGCACGAGACGAAUCAGAAGGAGUGAAAGACGCGCAGAGUGUAGGUUUAAGAGUGUAUGGGAAUUAAAAACGUUGUAUAUGGAAUUCUCAAAUGUCGCGACACGAUUAAUAAGGGUUUGUUUUAGUUAUUCUUACCUAGCCAUAUAGAAACUGAAAUUGGAUACAUCGAUAGAAGAAAAUUGCAUAUAAUUUUGCAAAUUUUGAAGACCGCCCCCCCUCUCCCCAUUGCUUCUUAAACAAUUCCGUCGCAGGAAAAUCCACUACUCAUACAAUUAUCGCGCUUGCUUGCCUUACACAGAGUACUAAACAAACCGCUCCUAAGCCCUUGAAAACCCGCCACUAAAAACAAACCUGAUCAUAUAAUGCUUUGUGCGCGUUGUUAUUUUGGGUUAGAUUUAGUUUAAACUUCAAUCGAUAGAACAAAGGGCGGCCCUCUCUAUCUUUAGCGUUUGUGUGAUAAGUUACGCAGAGGAAAGGAAAAGAGCAAACCAAGCGAAUCAUUAGUCCUCCGCGGCGAGAGUGUUGUUCUUCCGUUUUUAUCGCAAUCCGGCAAACCGUUACCGAGUUUACCUACUGCUCGUAACACCGACGAAUAGCGGAGCAACUUUUCCGUUGCCUGUUGGGCAUGUACUUUAUUCACACUCUUUAUUAAACACUAGACGAUAAUUAGAGCAGGAAUUAGGUGGAAAGAGACAGACAUUAUAAUUCUGUCUGUGUGUAGAUGUAUGUGUGAGUAUGUGUGAAUGAUAUUUUGAGUGCAUAUGAAAUGUUUGAACGAGGCAAGUCCGCUUGUCGUGCGUGUGUGUGUGUGUGUGUGUGUGUGUGUGUGUAUCGAGAAAGUGCACAAAAGUGGUCAAAUGAAAACGUGAUUUAUGUUGAGAAUAGAAUGUCGAAAAACACAAGCAAAUAAAUGCACACCCCCACCGCAAGUGGGGAUGAAAACUGCAAAGAAAA